UUUAGAAUUAAAGCAUAAGAUUACGUAACCUCCGAAUCUUGAUAAAUCAUAGACAAAAAUAGAGAGUGAGACGUCCAGAUGAUAAAGAAGAGCUUGGAGGAAAUGUUUUAUCGUAUAAAUACCCCAGGUAUAAUUUUCCCACCAAGCAUACUAGCACAAGCCCCUACCAAGCGUUUGGUAUUUGUACGUAUAUUUGUUCUUCUCUGAUAUAUCAACACAGGUUCUUGCAAUGGUGAACAGAAAGCCUACCAUGGGUCGCCAAAGGAUUAAGAUUGAAAAAAUAGCCAAGAAAAGUCAUCUGCAAGUCACCUUCUCUAAGCGACGAGCCGGUCUUUUCAAGAAGGCUAGUGAACUUAGCACGCUUUGUGGAGUUGACAUAGCAAUGAUAGUUUUCUCCCCAGCUCAAAAGGCCUUUUCCUUUGGCCACCCCAGUGUUGAUUCCAUGAUGCUUCGGUUUCUCACCGGAAGCCCUCCUCCUCCAAGUUCUGGCCUGCACCAGCUCAUUGAAACGCGUCGAGAUGCUAAUGUCCAUGAGCAAAAUAUGCAGUUAACUCAGACUCUUAAUCAACUAGAGGCCGAAAAAAAGAAAGGAGAAGUACUCGACCAGAUGAGGAAAGUCGAUAGAAGCCAAUGUUGCUGGGAAGCUCCUAUUGAAGAGCUUGAAUUGCACGAGCUUGAACAGUUGAGAGGUGCUUUGGAGGAGCUAAAGAAGACCGUAGCAAAACAAGUGAACAAUAUUUUGAUCCAGUCCACCAGUUCUUUGCCCUUUUUGGCAGUAAAUGGUGUUGGAGAAGUUGGAAAUCUUGAGACCAAACUGGAGAUUGAUAAUGCUUCGGCUGCUCUUCAUUUCAACAAUUUUGGUUAUGCACAGAAGAUUUGUUGAGCCAUAUUCAUAUCCCUCAAGGGCGGCGCCUGAGCCUUGAAGAUCUCUUAUUUCCCCUUAAUUCUACCAUUGACUAAUGUCUCGUUAGCAAUUCUGUGUACAACCACCUCUGCGGAUUUACACAUUGCAACCACUUGAUUAUUUUAGAAACCGCGUUUGCUAUUCCUGGUUUAUAUUUAUCAUUGGAAAAUGACCUUCUAGUGUUGAGAGUUCUUGAGUGAUUAAUGUAACUUGGAAAUCAGGAGAUUAUCAUAUAUGGCCAGUUUAAUUUCAAGAUCAAGAAGAUUUAUGAAUAUAAUUAUAGCUUAGUAGGUGUAGUUGAACCCUUGACGAAUCUGAACCUGCAUGAUGCAAAGGGGUUGAAAAGUAAAAGGAAGAUACUGCUGUGGUCUUUGAAAAUAAAGGCAAAUCCAUCUUUGUACAU